UUAGGAAUGGGUAACAAGAAGAAGGCUGCAGCAACUUUCAUCCGUCUUGUCUCAACUGCUGGGACUGGUUUCUUCUAUGUCAAGAGGAAGCCUACUAAGAUGACUGAGAAGCUGGAGUUUCGGAAAUAUGACCCUCGGGUGAAUCGUCAUGUCUUGUUUAAGGAAGCGAAAAUGAAGUGAGAGGUUUCUCGUGUGUAAGUUACACGCAUGCAGUGCAUCACAGCCGUGAAGGGAAGAAGUGAAAUCUGGAUUUGAACCAAGUUUAUUUGCUUGUCUUGAAUUGUUCAUCAGAAAUGCAUGGUCUUUCCAGUAAAGGAAACCAGCUUUGUCCAACGUUUGUAUGGGUAUUACUAAUUUUAUUGUUCACAAUAUUGUUAGAUAGAUUCUUUUGUGUAAUCAAGAGGGAAAGAUCCUCAUAUCCUCAUUCCCUCCUCUGUAAUUUCAGUGUUUGGUUAUAAAAUGCAAUAACCAAUUAUAUUAAGCAACUGAACCUCUUCUUCUU